AUGGUCUUGAUAGACUUGCAGAAAGUCUUAUCUACCCUGGGACUAGUAUCCUCCAUCGCAAAGCCUAUCCCUCUCGUUGGCGGUCUAGCUGGAGGUCUACUAGAUUCAACCGGAAGUGUCGUCAGCGGUGUUCAAUCGGGAGGUGCACUAAAUGGAUUAUUAGGUGGCGGUGCGAAUGGUUUAAUUGCUGCUGUCAACUUCGAUGACGCCAACUCCACUUCCGACAAUUACACCGCUACCUCGUCAACCGAUGACACUUCAUCUACAGGGGACGGUACAGUAUCAGUCCAAGAUGCAUGUUCCUUCACACCUUAUUCACCACCUUCUCCAGUCAUCCUAGAGCCUUUCGCACCAUACGAUGCCAACAAAGCUUUGAUCUAUAGGUAUAGACAACAACAGAGUGUGAAUUUAGGAUCAUGGUUCGUCCAAGAACAAUGGAUGAACCCUUCCUUGUUUACAUGUGCCAGUGGUAACAAACAGGCUGAGUUUGAUAUUGCCAAUGGAUGGGGGAGUGUAGAUAAUGCUAGACAAGUAUUGGAAAAACAUUGGGAUGAGUGGAUUACAGAAGAUGAUUUCAAGUAUUUAGCUGGGAUUGGUAUAAAUACAGUUAGAUUACCUAUUGGAUAUUGGUCACUAGGUCCUGUUUAUUGUCAAGGAACGGCUUUCGAAUCUGUUUCAGCUGCUUAUAUCAAUUCGUGGCCUAGGGUGGUAAGAGCGAUUAAUUGGGCUGAGAAAUAUGGUCUAGGUGUAUUAGUCGAUCUUCAUGGUGCACCUGGAAGUCAGAACGGCCAAGCUCACUCGGGUGUCUCAGACGGUCGACAAAACCUAUUCAACAUCCCUACCAACGUUCAACUCACAAUUAACAUCCUCACCUACCUUACCCAACAACUGGUAAAAGUAAACAACGUCGUUGGUAUACAAAUCCUUAACGAACCAAGUAACGUCGAUGGACUUCCAGCUUUCUACACUCAAGUAUUGAGCGUGUUGAGACAAGUCUCACCAGAAGCUUCUGUAUUUCCCUUCUAUCUCAACGACGCAUUUGAUAUGUCCCGAUUUGCCGACUACAUAUCGACCCGAAAGGAUUUCGUCGUUUUGGAUCAUCACUCGUACUUCGUCUUUGGCGAUCAAAACUCCCAAGCUACCCCUGCCAAUCAACUUACUGCGUCCCUCCAACCUGGACAGGGAGGUUUGUCGCAGCAGAUUAUAGGUGCUUCCAAUGAGGGUAGAAGAAAUAUCGUUAUUGAUGAAUUCUCUUGUGCGUUAUCGGGUCAAGCACUUUCCAAUUCCCAAGAUCAACAGGCCGAUAGGAGAUCGUUCUGUACGGGUCAGAUGGAGAGUUAUACCAAUGCCACUGCGGGAUACAGCUUCUGGAGCUACAAAACCGAGAAUUGUGCCUCUGACGUGAAUUGGUGUUUCACCUCGGCUGUCGGCAACACCCUUCCAUCAACUUUUUUCUCUUACCCUAAAUCUACUAUUCAAGCUAUUCAAGGUGGUGUAGCCUCCUCCGCACCUCAAGAUCCUACUACCGACACUUCAUUCUUAUCGUUCGGUACUUCCUCCCCUUCGAGCGAUAAUGAUUAUUCGCCACCGACAACCGAUGACUGGUUGGCCGCUAUGGGAGCUAGUGAUCCGGAGUAUGAUCAAGUCACCGAAGCUUUAGCAACAACCGAGUUCGAUUCCAUCCCUGACUCUGAUCCCUCCGCUGCUGCUUCAUCUGAUGAUACCGGUGAAGCCACUUCUUCUACUUACGAUGAUUCAGCUAUGGCAACUACCACUCUUUGGCCAGCCUCUUCUACUCCUACCCCAGCGACGAUGGAUGCCGGUGAUCUUGCACAAGCUGCUUUCGCCUUGGGCUCAAGCUCAGAAUCAGGCAUGGCCACAAUCCCCUCCUCAAGACAACAACUCUCUUCCACCCAAAAGCGGUCAUUGGGUCUUACUUCUUUGCCCCAACGAGCCUUCCUCUUAUCCUCUCAAUUACAACGACAUAGAUUCGUAACUCGUUCCGCCCGAUCUCACUCUAGAAAACAUUCCAAAACCAUCAAAUCGAAAUCUAAGACCAGAAGAGAUGAGAGCGCCGUAGUGUACACACCAGAACAGGCUGCUAUAGCUAAAGGGUACUCGGAUGGCUGGAAGGCUGCUAAGACUUUUGCUGCCUUUGAUAAUUCCAGAUUAGGUUUCACUGGUCAAUUCAUCUCUGAUGCUUUGAAUGCGAUGGACAACAAAAUCGUCAGUGGUGAUGAAGGGUUCUACAAGACCUGGUUCAUGAAAGGUCUGGCGGAUGGUGAAGUGCAAGUGAUCAAGUUACUCGCUAUGGAAGCUCAAGGACCGCAGUAA